GAGGAACCAAAAGGAGGCUAGAAGUGGCUCCCGGGAGCAGAAGAGGAAGCCAGGCAGACAGAAGAGUCUACCCUCCCAGAGAGGAGCACUGGUCCUCGGCCCUCGGAGAAUAGCAGCUGAACCCUGAGGUGGGCCUGAGGCACACAGGCAGUGGCACCCAGAAAGCAGCACCCAACAGCCCUGCUCCUUCUUCCCAGGACACUCAAAGAAGAGCAGCCACUAUGCACCUCCCCGAAAGCCUGCAGGACCUGGCAGACAGUGAGACUGUGCGCUUUCUGAGGAGACCAAAGAGCGUCUCAAGGAUCUUCGGAGGGGUCUUUUCCCUGGUCAUCUUUUCCUCUCUACUAACUGAUGGUUACCAGAAUAGGACGGAGUCUCCUCAGCUCCGCUGCGUACUCAACAGCAACCACAUGGCCUGUAGCUUUGCAGUGGGAGCUGGCUUCCUGUCCUUUCUUAGCUGCUUGGUCUUCCUUGCCGUAGACGCCCAUGAGAGCCGCAUGGUAGGCACCCGCUUUAAGACAGCCUUCCAGCUCCUGGACUUCAUUCUGGCUGUCCUCUGGGCAGGUGUCUGGUUUGUGGCCUUCUGCUUCCUAGCCAGCCAGUGGCAGCAUUCGAAGUCCAAGCACUUCCUCUUGGGGAGCAGCAGCGCCAAGGCAGCCAUUGCCUUUUCUUUCUUCUCCGUCCCCGUCUGGAUACUCCAGGCCUACCUAGCCUUCCAGGACCUCCGAGAAGAGGCUCCAGUCCCCUACAAGCGCUCCCUGGAGGAGGGUAGUGUGGUGCUGAACACCCUCUCUCCAUCAUCCACCACUAGCCCCGCCAACCCUACCGUCACAGGCCCCAACAGUCUGAGUUACAGCAGCUCAGCCCUGUCCCCCUACAUGACUGCUCCAAAGGCCCCACGCCUGGCCAUGAUGCCAGACAGCUAAACAGCCUGAGUACACGAGUAAACGGCCCCUCCCAGGGGUUUCUGAACAACCCUGUCCUGUCUGUUCCUCUCUCACCCUUGAGUGGCAGGAGGAGGAGGGAGACCCCUGCCACAGGUACAUUUCUACUCCCAAGUAGUCACCCUGUUGAGACAGGACACCCUGCCAUGUCACCUGCGCCUUGAGCCCACACUGGCCUUGAGGAGGGGGCACAAAGGCUUCAUGCUACAUCUGAGGCUGAGGCUGAGGGAGAAAAGACUGUCUCCUCAGAGUACCAGUGAGAAAGAGUGCAGCCCUGGCCCAGCAGCCCACGGUCUUCACCCCCAUAGAGAUGAAGGCAGUCAACAGCAAUGUAAGGGCUCAGUCAGGGCGCCGAGGCCAUGGAUGAGACCAACUCAGGGGAGAAUCAAAUACAUCCAAGGCUAUCAUGGGAGACAGGCAAGUGUUCUAGACCCCCCCAGGUCACCAGGCCACACACCUGCUGAGAGGGAUCAGCAAUGGCUCCUUGUACCAGAGAGAUGAUCUUUACCCACCACCCAGCCAAGGGGCUGAGGACACAGAAACUCUCAAGGUUUCAUUGAGAAAAGAAACAAGUUAGUUUUUAAUAUAUUUCAUUUAACUUAAUAUAUCCAAUGUGUUAACUGUUGUAACAAAUAAUCAAUAUGAAAAUUCAA